CUUUUUGGAGAGUUACGAACCAUCGCGACAUACGGACGGGUCACGGUCGAGGCAAACUUUUACUACCCAACUCUCGCAAAUCACAUCACAGACUCUCAAGAUGUCGACGGGAAAAGUCAAGGCUUCCCAGCUUUGGGGCAAGAACAAGGAGGAGUUGGCCAAGCAGCUCGGCGAGCUCAAGGCUGAACUCGGCCAGCUCCGCAUCCAGAAGGUUGCCUCUUCCGGCUCCAAGCUGAACAAGAUCCACGACCUGCGCAAGUCUAUCGCUCGUGUCUUGACCGUCACCAACGCCACCCAGCGCAACCAGCUCCGUCUUUUCUACAAGAAGAGCAAGUACCUGCCUCUCGACCUCCGCCCCAAGCAGACCCGUGCCAUCCGCCGCCGGUUAUCACCUGAGGACAAGGCCCGUGUUCUGGAGAAGACCAAGAAGCGCAACACUCACUUCCCCCAGCGCAAGUUCGCCAUCAAGGCUUAAAUGUUUUAAUUAUGCUUUGGAUUACGAAUGGUCGUCGGGGUAGAAUGGGGCAUUGGGCGCAGCAUGCUUUUUUCCACUUGAACACAAAAAGGGUUUGAAUUGCAUCGCAUUGGCUCAGGGGGAAUCCGGUCUGACUUGUACUUUAUUUCCCGGGCUGGGCCUCGGUCUGGGACGGAAAGGCGUCCUGGAUGGGCUUGCUAGGACAGCAGUCUAUACCAACGAAAAAAAAAAUGAGGUCACGAUCAACAAAAAGAAAAGAAAAACUUGAGGCACAAGCGGUGUUCAGGCUCUAAUUGGACUGAUUUCGAUGAACAUGUGUCUUGGUGCCGGUGAUGAUACCAAAAUAUGAUUCUCUGUUUGCCUAAGGCUAUAUGAAACCACGGCAAUACUUUGUCUUGUGU